UAGUCUUUGCCUAAAUUCUCCUCAUCGUGCAGUUAAAAAACAGUGAGAGGUGCGCGUUUUUCGGAGUCUCUCUCCUGAUCGCAAAGAAUACAGGACGAUCGGGAUCCACUUGACCGGAAGGACGCGUCUGCAAUAGCGUCAAAGGAUCGAGCAGAAAACGAUCGAUGGACGGCAUCUCAACGUGGACGUGGACCGGGAAUUAGUGCGCGUGUGUUAUCGGACCGCCGGUACCGGUACACGUGACCUCCUACGAAUUUGUUUGGCGCGCGUUACAUUGUGAUAAACGCCGUCUGGUAAAGGAUCUGCAUCCGUGACGGAAAUGAGGACCGAAAUGCCUAAGCCAUUGCUGUUUCUGGUUAUCGGCUUGCUCGUAAAGGUGCUGGGAUUACCCAAUGGCGCGCCUCCGCGAACAUGCUUCGAUCUGACGCCACGUCAUGAAAACACUUCCCCGCAAUCGUCGUAUCCACCUUAUCAGGUACUACCUGCAGCAGGACAAGGUAGAGUCCGUUUAAUCCUUGGAAGUCCAGAGGGUCUCGCAUACCAAGGCUUCAUGAUCCUCGCUAGAGACAUCGAUACCGGUGAAUACGUGGGAGAAUUUAUAAACUUGCCCGAAUCCGCGAAAAUUGUGGAAUGCACACAAGGUGUAAAGAAUGGCGUAACCCAUACGAAUAAAAACCAGAAGCACAAUCUUGAAUUCGAUUGGGAGGCUCCAGUUAAUUACGAAGGUACCAUUAUCUUCAACUCCACCUUCGCUCAGGAUUACUACACGUACUGGAUUGGCGUAGAGUCGCCUAAAGUCACCGUUGACAAGCGGUCCAUCACGGUAUCGACCUCAUCUACACCUAUCACUCCCUUCAGAACCACCACGCCGCCCUACUACAGCCCCACUGCCAGUUAUGCGCCGAAGGAUGAGGAUCCAUUCUACACGGGCUGCCAUACCACGAAGAACUGCUUCGGCGCGCCCGCAGACUGUAUAAAAACCAAGGACUGCAUCGCAGCGGUGGCCGUGAUCGUGCAGGGCGAUGAAUAUCAUUUCGAGAUGCAGGCACGAAAGGGUGCCAAAUUCGUUGCUGUCGGCCUGUCGGAUGAUAAGAAUAUGGGAGAAGACAGCGUAGUUGAGUGCACGAACGAGAAUGGUGAAAUUGCGUUACACACAUCUUGGAAUUCCGGAAAGCGCAAUACGCGCUAUAGACUGUCGGAAGGCGCGGUCGAGUUGGAGAGUGCUACGAUAAAAAAUGACAUGAUAUAUUGCAAGUUUCGACGGGACAAGCGUACCAGCAUUCAGGGACAUACGUAUGACCUUGUCAACACUCCGUACCAUCUUCUCGUGGCCGCCGGCACAGAUCUGAGACCAAAUGGCGUUGAGUUUCACGAUCUUAUCUAUCUUGGGACCAGCACCUCAAAGAAAUUAUCUGACGUCGGAGAAUGGACUGCAGCCUCUGACCUACUGAUUCGUCUUCAUGGUGCACUUAUGUUGGCAUCGUGGAUCGGUACGGCCUCCAUCGGGAUGCUACUCGCAAGAUAUUAUAGACAGACCUGGGUCAACUCCCAGUUAUGUGGAAAGGAUCACUGGUUCGUUUGGCACAGAUUCUUUAUGGUGUUCACGUGGUCAAUGACGAUCGCAGCCUUCGUAAUAAUAUUCGUGGAAUUGGGUACGUGGAGUUCCGAGACGAUACAUGCUUCGGUCGGCCUGACAACCACAAUUCUGUGCUUUAUCCAACCUUUCAUGGCAGCUAUGAGACCACAUCCUGGCGCACCACGAAGAGUUCUUUUCAAUUGGGCUCACUGGUUCGUUGGUAACGUGGCAAAAAUAUGUGCUUUAAUCGCGCUUUUCUUCGCGGUACGACUGAACAAGGCUAAACUUCCAGAUUGGGUCGAUUGGAUCCUCACAGCAUUCGUAAUCUUUCAUGUUUUAACUCACCUCAUUCUUACAUUCCUUGGAUGUGCCUCUGACAGACAAGCUAGUCAGAGAGUGAAUUCAUUCCCGAUGAAAGACAUGCAUUCUCGUGGAUCAAUGGUGCAUCCAGAUGCGAGACGAGACGCUCCCCACUCUGGUAUGCGGAAAUUCAUUUUCGGUGUGUACUUUGUGGUUAUCGUCGUGUUCGCCGCAGUCCUCAUAGUGAUCACCGUGUUGGCACCCAUCGAGGAAACAUGGGCCACCUUCACCAACACUAUCUCGAAUUACUAAGGCCGCUAAUCAACGCUAUGGAAAUAUUCGUCACCACCGCGAUGUUCGUGCAGAAGAUUCCGACCAGAUGGGGAACGUCGCGUCGCAGCCGUCGCAGUGACGAUAUAUUCCCGGUGCGACUUUCUGUAUGUAAAUUAACACGAGGAACGUAUAAAUCCUAUUCGUGUAAAGAUGCAAAUCGCGCCACGACAUGUGCGAAGACGAAGAUAUCGUUGAAGGUUAUUUUUAUAUCCUUUACCUAGAUUUCUCUGGAAGAAUCAUCUCCAUUUUGAUUAUGCAUCGAUAUAUCAUAAUUGAAAUACGUUUCUGUAUAUAUAACAUUUUUAAUUCACU